UGAACGCGUCCGUUUGCACGUUGGACGUGUCCCACAUCACGCUCGCAUCUUCUAGACAUCGGCGGCGAUGGCGAACGGAAGGCAGCCAGGGCCUUUGAUCACGUUCUACGCGCCCGGAGGGCGGACCUUUCAGAGGAUCUUCCGAGAUGCCACCCUAUCGCAAACGAAGGACGCGGUGAGGCAGAAGCUCAAGCUUUCUGCCGAUAAGGCAAUACAGCUGGCGCGAAUCGAGAAUGGGAAACGUAUUGAUCUGGACGAUGACGAUGACUUCGACGCAUUUCGUAUUGCUACACGCUCGAAGACCGCAGCAGAAGUCUCUCGUGCUCAGUGGCCACCCUCAACCGGAGUCCACUAGCGUUCUGACUGGGGUGCGUAAACGCAAGAGGAAGCGAACUUCGAUGGCGCCUUCACCUGGGGAUGGCCCUAUCGCGUCAACUUCCUACAUGGCUGGUUCUCUGAUGAAGCCAAAUGAGACCAUCCCUCCAGCAACUCAUACUGGUGAUGGCGCCGUGUCAGCGCUUCCGAAUGUUGAGACAGCGGGUCCGCAUGACUUCGAGGUCGAACGCCCCCGGAAGAAGCAGAAGAAGCAGAAGUUCAGAG